AUGUCGCAAAUGAACAAAACAAACAUGGCUGUCUUGAAUUUGUACAUAAAGCUGUACGCUGUCGCUUUAUUCCUUGCUACUGUCCUCGUGAGUCCUCUAAACAGUACAAAAAUGAAAUUAACCGGAAAGAUAACUGUUUCUGGCUUGGAGGAAGGAAUCAGUUUGGGCGAAGAGUCUUUUUUGAAGGUCGAACUUAACGACGUGAGCCUCAUGGAUGCAAGUGCUGUGAUGUUGGGAAAAGAUGAACAGUCGCUUCCAGUUGGGACAAAACUUGGCCCCGGUUCCGAGGGAUUAAACUACACAAUCGUUUGUGAAAAGCCAGAGAAUUUAGGCCCAGCGUACUCUGUUUCUGCAGUGUUAAAUGUCGGGUGGAAACCUAGCGGGGAAGAAUGGAUACGCAAAGGAGAUUACUUCACAGAUACAGUACAUGAUGUUGAUUUGAGCGAAGACAGCGACCCAAUAGUCGCUGAUGUCGUGAUGGUCCAUUACCCGAAAUAA